AUGGCUCUCUUCCUCCAGCGUGUACAGACUGUGGGUUCGUGAUUAAUCUCUUCCAUGGUCAAAUAUCUAGAACUGUCCGCACAACACCUGAAGUAUUUUUACAAUCAAAUUUCAGGAGCAAAAAAAUCGUCUAGCACUUCCCACAUCCUUUUUUCAAGGCUGAGUAGCUUUACGGACUUCCUGUCACGUUGUAAAUCCCCGGGGGUACUCCUGAAAAUUAUUGGUGGGGGUGUGUCACCCCGCAACCUCGUCCCCAGGAAGCCAGGGAAAAGCGCCCUGUGGACGAGGUUGGUCGCCCGGUUCUCUAAAUCCAGGCCAACAAAUGUAAUUUUCCACACCCCUUUUCAGACCUGUCCUUCAGGCAGAAAUUAUGUCAUCAUUUCUUAGAUUAGUGGGCAACAAAAAAUUUCUUCAAAUGCUCUAGUUUGGACUUCGCAUCAGUUUCUACUUCGUUCUCUUAUUCAUUUGAAAUUAAAACGAUAAAUACGUUGACACACUCCUGGAGUUCCCAGAUCAAAGUAGGCAAAGUGUAUACCGGUUUCACUUUCAGCCUAAAAAGGCCCAAAAACCAUACGCUUGGGGGCGGCACAUACCCAUAUGGCUUAAAUAAGGGAGCACCCCUCCACCCAGGGUAUAAAACUCGUUAAAACAAUGCCUGUUUUCUAGAGAAUGUUCGCGAUUGUCAUAUAUCCAGACCUAUUGCUAAGACUUCAGCAACGUAAACAAGCACUUCCCUCUGCAAACUUCCGGUCACGUCUUAUGAGCUGUUGCCACUUGCCACUUCCUGUGCUAAUGAAUACAGUGAAACCCCACUUUACGGACACUCACUCAAUACGGACACUUCAUUUUUACGGACAGUUUGCUUUGUCCCUGGGGAAGAAAGCUCUUACAUUUUCUCUCAAUCCAACCCGCUUAAUGCAGACAACAGACCGGUUUAUUUCUUGCCCAGUCAACUGAUUUUCAUAGUAAGCCAACCUCGCUAAUGUGGACACUUCAUUAUCAACUGUGAGCUGAAACUUACCUUUCCUUUUUGAAGGUAAAAAAAUCUUUAGGGACGGACCAUUAGAAAACUUUUUGGGGGAAGGUACAAAAAAAAAAGCCAAGGGAAAAUUUAGUUGACAGUAACCCUAAAAAAUAUCCAUGCUAUGGCUUAAAAAAAAUUCAUACAAGGAAUUUGAUAACGAAAAAAAUUCCUGCGGCUCGAAAAUUCCCCCCCCCCCCCCCCAUAACUUUUCUAAUGGUCCCUUCCUUAGUUGACAGCAUAUCGAUGUUCUAAGUACUACAGUGCCGGCACCGGAUACGACGAUUUCUAGACGUCAAUUUCCGACUAAUUUUGGCAUCGAACUAUUCAUACAGAGAACGGUUUUGAUUAAGAAAUAUACUUAUAGAUGAGCGAUUUUUUAUAUGAUUGUUUCCGUGGAUUUAAGCCACGGAAUCACGGCUUUUGGAAGGUUAGAGAUGUUUAAUAUGAUGAUGCUUACGUCCUGUUUUAUAACUUCCCAUUUUUAAGAUCCCCUUUCAUCGUUCCCUGUUCAAAUUCUUCACUUUAAAAAUAGCCUAUCGAACGCUGAGAAAUCUUGUACAUUUGUCAUGUGACGUUGAAGUUCGUUGACUAAAAAGAGUUUUUUUUAAUCAAGCUCGUAAUCAGAAAUUAACACAGGUGAUAUCAUGAAAAUAGCGUCGUAACCUGUUGUAGCUUUGAUGAUCUCUGUAUGUGAUUUAAUAACGCUAAAAACGCUUGAUGCUAUCCAGAUGGGUUAGAGAAGUAAUUAAUAUCCACAUAGAUACUUAAGCUAAGAUGAUUGAAUGCGAGAUGGUUACAAUGGUUAAAAUUGUUAAUAUAUCCUCUCAUUUCAAUAGCCCAGGCUAAUACUUUAAAUACACUAUUUCUGUUAAUGCAGUUAAUGUUAAAUAACUCCCCGUGCGAAGUAUUUGUUCUGUCCCAAUUAGUUUUACGGUUUAUUUUUCUAUUUUUAUUAAAUCAGGUUUUAUUGGGCAAAUGUCACUACAUAAUUUUGAAAACACGAGACGCAAUGCCCACAGAUCAAACACCGAGAAUCGAAAAGAGUUCAGACAUCAGUUUUUAAAUACUUUGCCAAGCAAGUCUUUGGUCAGUCCUGUCUCGGACAAGACAGUAACAAAUAUACUUCGGUAUGUGCAUGAAUUCAGCAACUGAUCAACAUAUUCCAUCAACGUAUAAUAAAUUAUAAUUAUUUUUUCAUUACAUUAUUAUAGUCUUGUAUCUUCACAUCUUCCUUGUUCAAGUUGGGCCUCAACAUCAUUUGAAGUUGUCAACAAUCCUGAGAUUUUAAGCGCUUGUUCGUAA